ACUUUAGAGCCAGUCGAAAUAAUAGAAAGAAGAUUCUACUUUACCUCUCAUCCCUACGCUGCUCAUAACCACACCUCUUAUAUCUAAUAAUGAGUUCCCUCAAUGGUUGGCACAGAGGUGAACGUGCCAUUCAGGAGAAAUUCGGAUUUCAUGGAGCUGUAUCUCAGUCUUGGACUAAGAUCGAAGGAGAAAUGCGAGAACAGCACCGAGAUUUCUACUCCACACGUCUCCCAUUUAUUCCUGUCACCACUCUUGACUCUAUGGGUCGUCCUUGGUCUUCAAUACUCGCAGGUCCACAUGGAGAGAUUGGGUGGGUUUCCAGCGAGACGUACGACCAAUUGUCUAUGCGGGCGGAGGUCUGGGACGGCGAUCCGCUCAAGGCGAAUGCGGACUAUCACGCUGGUACUACGGAUGAAUCUCAGAGGAAGAUGCUCAUUGCUGGUAUUGGUGUAGAGUUCUCAACUAGGCGCAGGAAUAAGUUUGCAGGGUCGGUUAAGGCUAUUGGAAAGCAAGGGGAAUUAUUAGAUAUCUGCGCGACUGUUAACCAAGCCAUUGGAAAUUGCCCGAAAUACAUCACGAUCCGCAAUCUUGUUUCAUUUCCACACACGAAACCUCGAGUCAUUCAUCAAGAGAUCAACAUCCCCCCGACUGACCGUCUUCCUUCAGAUCUCAUCACAUUCAUCCUUUCAUCCGACACCGUAUUUGUAGGUUCAUCAUACUCGGCCUCUGAGGAAGAUGCACCGAGGUUUCCAUCUCACCUCGGCAUGAAUCAUCGCGGGGGGAGGCCUGGGUUUGUUCGUGUACGCAACGAUGGGCGUACUCUCGUCUUGCCUGAUUACUCAGGCAACCGAUUGAUGACAUCUCUCGGAAAUAUAGAAGCCACAGCUCUUGCUUCUUUGACAUUCCCAUCGUUUACCGACGGAUCGCUCUUAUAUGUUACCGGGAUUGCCCAUAACCUUUUUGGCGCUCCUGCUCAAGCAAUUAUGCCUUCGCAGAAUGCUCUCAGCACGAUUGAAAUAACAGGUUAUAUUUUUAUCGAGGACGCAUUACCUGUCCGUCAACGUGAAGGGACAGAGCCACAGAGGAGUCCGUACGCACCCCCUGUGAAGCUGCUCAAAGAAGAACAAGCUUCUUCAAGGUACUUCAGCAGCGAAGACGCGAUACAUGCGACGCUUUCCCGCAUCCAGCUUCAUUCCUCCGAUAUCGCCACAUUCGCAUUUGAAUCUCCUCACAAGCUUAAUAUUAUCCCAGGCCAAGCCGCCAUCCUUGAUUUCACCUCUUUCCUCGGUGCAUCGCCAUACAGGCACAUGGCAGCCGAAAACCCAAAUUCGGUGAACGACGAUCGUAUAAGGACGUGGACUAUUUCAUGGUGCAGCUCGUGGAAAUCGGUUGCAGAUGGGGUAGGCACGACAUUUUCCUUGACAAUGCGCCUGAAGCCUGGUGGUGCCGUUACUGGGGCACUAUUUGACAUUGCCAACAAACUCUCAGCGGUCCGCCCAGAGUUGCUUGAGGACUCACGUCCGCUUGGACUGGGCGUUACGCUGGUCGGAAUAGGAGGGGACUUCGUCCUCGAGCCCACAGACCCUCACGAGGGCCCUGAAAUCGCGAUCACACGCGAGGAAGAACAGAUUUCUGUCCGAAAAAAUGCUCCAAGGAAGCUCCUUUGGAUAGCGGGCGGGAUUGGAAUAACACCUUUCCUCGCUAUGCUCUGUGACAUUCCCUCACACUUCGCCGAGUACGAAAUCACCCUUUUGUUGUCUACUCGCGAGCCAGAUGUGAUGCUCUCUCUUCUUUCCAAUGCAAUCGAAGCCGCUGCCCACAAAGUCAAACUAGUCGUUCAUGUCUUCUCGCACACUGAACAAUUCAAGAGCUCCUUACCUACUUCCGUAUCGCUUCAUCGACAUUCUGGACGGAUCACUUCCUCAUUUGUCUCCGACUUCAAAGUUGAAUGUGUGUAUGUUUGCGGCUCAGAAAUGUUCGAGCGAGAGGUUAUCCAGGGCGUGGUUGGGAAGGUGAGAAAGGAGGGGUUUGCAUACUGACGUAUGCCGAGGUUAGGCGUGUUGUCUGUUGACUUUCUUUCAGAAUAUAGGGAAGUUCUCCGAGGUCUUAGUAACCGCGCGGCCGUAUACAUGUUUAGUCUGCACAUCCACAUUACUUGCUCCUCGGCCACACGUCAGAGGCUAAUCCAGGUUUGGGUAUACGAUCGUGUUCAAGUGAUAGCGCCUGUGCUACGUCUGACCCGCUGGUUAGGUGGGCAAAGAUGGUGAAAACAAG